ACCCAACCCCGUCCUCAGUACACGUCUGACUUCUGCAGGGAGCACAGGGCACAAACUCAUCCAUCACAGAGCCGGAUUACAGUUUUUCCUAGAGUGGAGAGACCAGAGCAACAUGGGGAGCAGCAACUCAUGUGUCCCCCAGCACAACUUUGCACUCUCCAGCAAGAGUUUCAUCCGCAGAAACAGCAGUCGCUUAUUUCGGAGGAAGAAUCCCCAGGAAGGACAGGAGAAGUCCAACAGCAUCAUCAACAUCUUAUGCACGGUCACCCCCAGGAAGGAAAUGUCUCCUAAAGACCUCCAGACCAUAGAGAACACCAAAUGGGACCCUCCCUUUCUUUACGACCCGACCAGCGGUUGGAAGAAGAGCAGCAUCAACGUGAAGAACUUUGGGCGGAUGAUUCACAGCUCCAAAGUCCGUUUCCGUUUCCUCCACUGCCAGGAUAUUCAUGACUGCUACCUGGAUCUCUUCCAAACACACCUUCAUUUUGUCUCAAACAACACCACUGGACUAACAUACCAGGGGACUCUUCCACUGAAAGAGCUCACCAUCUCCAACCUGCAGCAGAACUGCAACCACAGCCAACCUCAGGAAUAUGCCUUCCAAAUAAACGGUGUCAGCUUGAAUCCCAUCAUUGUCUACUACGGCAGCCAGGAGGAGAUGGACCUGUGGUUCAGCCUGCUCACAGAAAACAUCGAGGUGAACGGAGGUUCUGCUACCACGCCUGAAACCUGCACCAGAGUGAGAAUGAACCAGAGCAAAGGUCACAGUGGAAGAGUGGACCUGAGGAAGUCUAUCAACAGAGAGCCCAUCUAUGAGUGGGAGGGCUCUCAGCGGGACAGCUUGGGCCCCAUCACCUACGUCACCAAAGUCCGACUGCAGCACCUGCCCUGUCAGGAGAAGAGUGACAGAUUGCUGGUGAUGUACCCAUCCACCCUGAUCAUCCUAUCAGAGGAAAGCGACGGGCUCUUCUAUAAGGGCAAACUUCCACUCAACAUGAUUACCGUCACCACUCCCUGUCAAGACGUCAAGCCCAACACCUUUAAGAUUGAAGGCAAAAUGAUCAACCCCAUAGUGGUGUCCUGUCUGGAUAGGACCGAGUUCUGUGACUGGAUCCAGCAUUUCAAAGCUGCUGACGUGCCUGUUGUCAGCCCCCCGCCCCCAGUGUAUGACAUCAUCUACACCCCUACGAACACAGAGGCACCAAAGUUCGACAGGUGGAGUGGAAACAGCCAAGGGCGAGUGGAGUCUCUUAAGUACAGCCAGUCAUCAAGUGGACACGGGUCCCAAAACCUUCAGCUGCCUGCCCAUGAAGGAAACAUUUUGUCCCCGGGAUACGCUGAACCUCUCUGUUACAAUUCCAGCCGUCCCUCCUCGACUGAGACCGCUCGGCUGGACAGCAGAACCAGCAGCGUGUCCUCCCACACCAGGCCCGAGCGUGACCUCAGGCCUUUGUCGCUGCGCUACUCCUCGCCUCUGCACAGCUCCUCCUACCUCCAACCUGCAGAGAGCUCUCAGAUCUACAGCAAACCAUACUCCGGACCGCAACACGCCAGUUCUCAGCGCCCAGAGAAAGCCCCACUCAUCAAGUCUAACAGCUGGAGCACGCCACAGACAUCCCUAAACUACCCUCUGAACGCCACGCAGCGUCACUCAGACAUGUGCGCCCCGCGGCAGCCGCUGUCACCUCUGUAUGACGAGCCCUGCAGCCCAGAAGUCUACUCCCUGGAUGAGGCCAGGCCACUGCACCAGAGCUGGAACGAACCAAUGCAGCACCGACCCCACCACCAGGACACGCAGCUCCUUCCUUCCUCCUUCAAACUGCAGACCCCGCCGCUGGGCAGACGCUGCAGGAGAAGCCUGGUCCUGACCAACUCCCACGCAAAGGCCCCGGGUCCCGACCCGGAAUCCUCUCAGAGCCAACCGGGGCAGAGAGCCGAGGCCGUGUCCAGGCUGAAACUGCUACCUGUACCCGGCCAAGUUCAAGAGCAGAUCCCUCUCCCGUCGAGCUGCGCAAGGAGCGCCUCUCAGAUGCCUUAUAGUUACUCCCCUGAUCGCCACUCAUACCUGGAACCCACAGAUCCAGAUGACCAGGAAAUGGACUAUGACAACAUUUGGGAGUACGACGGUGAGACUGGAAUGAUUCAGCCGCUCUCUGGAAUUUCAACACACUGGACAGGAUCAGACUUUGGGGCCCGAGGCCUUGGUCCCAUGACGACUCAGCAGAGAUGGUCAUGAAACAAAACAAAAGCCUGGUGCUCGUCUGGACGUGUGCAAACACCAGAUCGCUAUCAGAGGGAUAAUAAAAGCUUACAAUCCCAGCCUGAGUUUCGCCUAGAGAGUACAGAAUGAAGCAACAAAUGACAGGAAGUGCUCGAUCAGAUGGUAGACUGUGACGGAUUCAGUUGUGUAUUUAUUAUGUAACAUUUAAGAGAAGACAAGAGAGUGUGUUACAAAUUAUGUAGCUCUAAUAUUAUUUUAUUUACUGCACUAUCACUGGGCAACAUGCAGGAGCUCCAAGGUUCUCAAACGAGCUUUAAGUUAUGUAUAUAUAAUUAUUUUUCUAAAUCAAGAAACAAAAACAUUCCACUGGAACUUAUUUUACAAAAUAAUAUGUUUAUAUUUGUGUAAAUGUUGUACAUUUGUUAUUUAAUUAUGCAAUAUUGCCAAAGCAGGUAGUUGUAGCUUUAACUGAUUUUGUAAGAGGUGCUGAUGUCAGAAUUUUCCAGCACUUCACUGAUACCUGUGUGGCUUUUUAUGUUUGUUUGAUGCAUUUUUUAUUAAUAUUUUAAAUAAAAUAUACCCAAAGUUUA